AUGAGUGCCAUAACACGUCUUUCUACCUCUUCACCUGAAUUACCAAAAACGAGAAUCCCCCACAAAAGAGUUAGAUCAAUUGGGGCAACAGGAAAAAGUACGUUCUAUGGAGAAGAACGACCAGUUAUAAUUAAUGGAAAAGUGUUAAUAUCUGGAGGACUUACCCUUCCACUAUUAUCUUCUUCAUAUUUGGUUUCAAGGAAUGGAGAAAUUAAACGACUUAAAACAGGACAGUCAUUUGAUGAGAAUGAAGAAGAUCAAUUGUUGUGUAAACAAACAUAUUCAUCUUCUAAAAGAUUUAAUAUUAAUGUAUCACAAACUAUUGGUAGAAGAAUAUACAUGGAAGAUAUGGUUAUGAUUAAAGGAGAAUUAUUUGAUGGAAUUGAUUAUAUCGGUGUGUUUGAUGGUCAUAAUGGAAAAGACGCAGCCAAAAAAGCAAUGGAAACUUUUCAUAAAUUAUUAGAUGAAUAUUUAAUUAAAUCAGACCACUAUCAAGAACAUUUAAAUAAUAUAUUUAAUGAACUACAACAAUUAAUAUCAUUUACAACUGCGUCAGGAACAACUGCAUCAAUAGUUAUUAUUAGAGAGGAUGAUGUUAUAUUUUGUUAUAUUGGAGAUUCACCAAUUUAUAUAAAAUCAAAUAAACAAGUAAAGAAAAUAUCUAUUGACCAUAACACAAGUAAUGAAGAAGAGGUAAAAAGAAUUCUUAAUUGUGGUGGGAGUGUUGUAGACAUUAAUGGAACAAAAAGAGUAAAUUCUAAAAUUGUACUCACUCGUUCACUUGGUGAUAAAUCACUUCACCCUCCAUUAACAAAUGAACCAACAAUAAUUUCAAUUCCAUUAAAAGAAAUAGAUUCAAUUAUUGUUGCUUCUGAUGGAAUAUCAUCAAUACCAUGUGAAUUAUUUAAUGAAUUAACAAAUCCUAUAUUUAGUUUAGAACAACAAGCAGUUAACAUUAGAAAUAUUGCCUAUGAAAAGAAUAGUCCUGAUAAUAUUUCAGUAGUAGUUAUUCAAAUUACACAACCAAUACCACCAUGA